GCAAAUGAAGACCAGAAUUGCUAUACGUUUGAUAUGCGUAAAAUGGAUUGCGCAUUAAAUGUGCUUAGGGGACACGUCUCAGCGGUAUUAGAUUUGGAUUAUUCACCAACAGGUGAAGAGAUAGUUACAGGCGCAUAUGAUAGAACUCUCCGUAUUUUUCAUGCGCGUCAAGGACAUAGUCGUGAUAUAUAUCAUACAAAACGGAUGCAACGAAUUUUCUGUGUGAAGUUUAGUAUGGAUUCAAAAUAUGUGCUUUCAGGUUCAGAUGACGGGAAUAAAGACUAUAGAGAGCGUGCGCACUUAGAAUAUGCUGAAAAACUCAAAGAUCGAUAUAAAAAUUUACCUGAAAUUAAAAGAAUAUUAAGACACCGGCAUAUACCAAAAGCAAUUAAAACUGCUCAAAAUACAAAACGAAUUAUGUUACAAUCUCAACGUCGGAAAGAAGAGAAUUUGCGCAAGCAUUCUAAAAAAGAUUCUAUACCAUAUAAAGCGGAAAGGAAGAAAAAUAUUAUCGGUGUUGCAAAAUAA